UUCAGAGAAUAUAUUCCUCAAAUGUGCUGAAAAAAAGUUUUAAUCACUAUGUCUCUUCGCUUCAUAACAAAUCUUCAGACAUCAACAGAAUUUUUUAUUCACCCCUACCCUUUCCUCAUAACCUACGUAAUCACUGUGCCAAGACAAUAGUGUGGGUUGGUAGGCCCAAGGGCCUGUUCUAAAAUAAAGUCAAAGUGAUGGGAUAUUGUGAUUUCUUUGGAUUUACCAGAGCGAUCAUGUGAAAACAUUUGCAGAGCAGAUGGAAAUGAUGUGGUGUGUAUCGAUAUUUGUCAUUUCCUAUCCUUUGUUAAACAAUUUUGGUAAUUAUUGUGAGAAAUGGUGAAUGUGUUUACAAUAUGUAACUUUGUGCAUUCAGCAGUGUGUAUCAAACUGCAAACUGACGUCACUUUCUGUGUGCGUAGGACAGAUGCUAAGUGUACUUCUUUAAAAGAAAAAUAAAUAAAUACCGGUACAUUCACUCUUGACACGUUUUCCACGUGGGUGCUGCCAUUGAGUGGUGCGAAAAGAGAGAGAGAGAGAGAGAGAGAGAGAGAGAGAGAGAGAGAGAGAGAGAGAGAGAGAGAGAGAGAGGAGGAGGAUUGCCUUGUUUCCCCAAACAUGGUUCCAGCACCACUACGGCAGUCCAGUUUAGAUGGAGGGAGUCGCCUAAAACCUGGAUUGGAUUCGCUGCAGUUGGGCGUGGGCUUUGGUGCCGUCAAAUUGUCCCGCUUUCAUCGAUGAGAAAUGGAACCCCGGGCUGUGUCGUGUGGUGAGGGGUGGGAAACGUUCCGCAAUGAGCAUUAUCUGAUAAACGCUCCUGUUCUAUCCGAGCUCCUGCACUGCGCUCCAAUAUGUCACUCUUGGGAGAAAACUGCGUGUGGUCGGAGGAGGGAAUACUGAGCUCGCGCUAUUUCCACCCGGAUGCCGGCUAUUUAUUUGCGGGCGUGUCGCUGAGUGAGCAUGGCAUCUGCGCACUUCACUUGUCCCGUGAUAAACGCAGGGAUUAGUGCGCACAUACCAGCAGGUCGUUUUCCCGUGAGUCCAUUUUUUUUCUUUUUCCAAUUUUGUCGUUGUUGGUGCAAUGGCAUCAAGUGGAUUUGUGCGUGCUAUGAAGUCGCAACAAGGUGCACGCUGAGGUAAACUUGCACGGAGUAGAGCGCGCACGAUCCCGGUGGGGUGGGUAGGGGGUGCUCUGGAUCUUAAACAAUCCCGAGGCCGUACAUUGGGAGCUUCCGAACUGCGUCACUGCAUGCGAGCGCAGCUGCAGGUAGGCGAGCCAGCACCGGAGAGGACCGCUCCUCAUCCGCAUCCUCCGCACACAAUGCCGAGGGACUAAGACAUUAGCAGGGAUGCAUGCAGCGGAGGAUUCGAGCAAAGAUCCUCCACUUGGAUCAACGUUUUCCUCGGCGCCCGAUUUGGACUCUGACAUUAACGCCAAUGCAUUCAGGCCCAUUUAUGAAAACGGCGCGGAUGACAAUGUCAACGUCCCGAACACAGCACUGCGAGGAGCCAGCGACCCCAGCGCCUAUCCCUCCUCGGACUACCGCGGACUGGUCCGUCAGAGGUUCAUUCGGCGGAGUUUGUGGGUGUCGGACUCCGAGGAGCAGACGCUGGACACGGCGGAGUGUGCCAACAGCACGCCGGUGCUUAACAUCGACCUGCGCUCCAUCGUCGGCCGGACUCGGAACCGGACUUUACACGCCACGCGUGUGGGCCAGCAGGAGAAGUCGAGGCCGGAGGGUCAGGUGGACGUGAAGGACGACACCGGGAGCGCGGGGGACUGCGAGGAGAAACGUGACGCGUGCCAGAGCGAGGUCAAGGAAGAGGGCGUGUCACACGACGUCACAGGCAAAGCAGGAAGUGAUGAGAACGAAGAGGAACCGGGAAUGAAAGCUGUGUCCACCUCACCAGGGGGCCGCUUUCUCAAGUUCGACAUUGAGUUGGGCAGGGGCUCCUUCAAGACGGUCUACAAGGGGCUUGACACGGAGACUUGGGUCGAAGUAGCAUGGUGCGAACUCCAGGAGCGGAAACUGUCCAAGGUGGAGAGGCAGAGGUUCAAGGAGGAGGCCGAGAUGUUGAAGGCUCUUCAGCACCCCAACAUUGUGAGAUUUUAUGACUUCUGGGAGUCGCCAUUGAAAGGAAAGAAAUGCAUAGUUCUGGUGACGGAGCUCAUGACCUCAGGGACACUGAAAACGUAUUUGAAGCGCUUCAAGGUGAUGAAGCCCAAAGUUCUUCGGAGCUGGUGCAGACAGAUCCUGAAGGGCCUCCAUUUCCUCCAUACCAGGACGCCCCCAAUCAUCCACAGGGACCUCAAGUGUGACAACAUCUUCAUCACGGGCCCCACGGGCUCUGUCAAGAUCGGCGAUCUGGGCUUGGCAACUCUGAAGAGGGCUUCCUUCGCUAAAAGUGUUAUUGGCACACCAGAGUUCAUGGCCCCAGAGAUGUACGAGGAGCACUACGAUGAGGCUGUGGAUGUCUACGCCUUCGGCAUGUGCAUGCUGGAGAUGGCCACAUCAGAAUACCCGUACUCUGAAUGUCAAAACGCAGCACAAAUCUACCGCAAAGUCACCAGCGGGGUAAAACCUGCCAGCUACAGCAAAGUAAGCGACCCAGAAAUUAAGGAGAUAAUUGGGGAGUGCAUCUGUCACAGAUGGGAGGAAAGGUACUCCAUCAAGGACCUUUUGAACCACGCCUUCUUUGCAGAAGAUACAGGUGUUAGAGUGGAGCUCAAUGAAGAGGAUGACGGGAAAAAAUCCUCCAUCGCAUUGAAGCUGUGGGUUGAGGAUCCAAAGAAGCUGAAGGGGAAGUACAAGGAUACUGGUGCAAUUGAAUUCACUUUUAACUUGGCGAACGAGGACCCGGAAGUUGUUGCGCAAGAAAUGGUGGAGUCUGGCUUUUUUCUGGACUGCGAUGUCAAGGUUGUUGGGAAGUCAAUCCGGGACCGUGUGGCCCUGAUCAAAUGGAGAAGGGAGCGCACUGUCUCACCGGGAAACGGCGAGGGAUCUGUUAAGAAGAUGCAGCAGAACCUCCUGCAGGUGCCCGGACAACAGGGGACCAUGUUGGCUGCAACUGAGUAUGACGACCAAGAGGUGGAGCAGCAGACCUUGAUUUGUACAGUCCCCAUCACCACAGCGACUACAUCCGACAGUGGCGUGAGCUCCGCCAUGCAAUUGGAGGAUCUCAGCAAACAUCAAAAUGGCUCCUACCAGUCGCCGCCUGAGACCAUCUGCGCGGUUCAGUCAGUCUACAGCCCUCCUGCGCAGCUGGAGUCUUCAGUGCAGCAGGCCCCCUACCAACAAACCACAGCACAGGCUUCGCAGGACCAGUUCAUACAAGAAUCCACACAGUUGCAUCAGGGAGCCUACCAGCAAACUACAGGUCAGCUGCAUGCUGGGACCUACCAACAACCUGCUGCACAAUUGCGCCUGGGGCCAGAUAAUGCUCAAACAACAGUUUCUGCUCCAUCGACGCCAGCCCCGCCUACGCACCCCAGUGGACAGACAGCACAGAGCUUCCCAGCUGCGACGCCCAUCGUACAGACGCAGUUUACUGCUCAACUAGGCCAGGACCAGCAAUUAUCUGCUGACCAGACUACAGCUCACCCGAGUCCUCCUGACUUAGCGACCGGUUUUCCACAGUCCGCCACCAGUGCGCCCCCUCCUCUACUACCCCUGCACAUCAGCACACAGUUUCCCUCACCAUAUUGUGUUCAAGCAGGGGGCCUCAAGCCUCCACCUAUCUCCCCCGCUCCUUUAGCUAGCCCUUAUUACUCACCUUCACCCCACCCCACCAUCAUUCCCCUGAAUCCUCCUUCUGCUUUUAGCAUCCUCCAGUCCGCACCUCAGCAGGUGUCCAGUGUAGCACUCCCUGGCACAUUCCCUGCUCUGACCAUGUCCUUUGCAGUGCCGCAGCAGCAGAGUGGCCCAACCGCAUCCUAUCUAAACAUUAGUAGCUUCCAUUACACCCCUUCCUUACCUCUCUCCCAGGCACAACCUACCCCAUACCCCGUUUCCUACCCUGAGCAAGAAGUGGCUGAACAGGUGCAGACAAACACUCCACAGUCAAAUUUAGAAGGUGUUCAACUUUUAGCCCCAGUUGAACCUGUUCUACCUACUACUCAGAUUCCUGUCUGGGGAAGUGGAACAGAUAUAGAAACUGCUGCAGCUGGCACGGAUUUAAAUGUAACCGCUACCUUUCACACCUCAGCAUCACUCUCAGCUGCAGCGGAUCUCGAAACCCAAACCUCAGCACAAACUGCAGCUUUGAUCCAGCCAAAAAGCCAAGCAGCAGGCCAAAUGCCGGCUCAGUCUGCUGCUUCGGUUUCAUUUCAAGCCGCAGCUUUAGCCGCAGCUGAAACCCCAAUUUCAAUAUCAGGUUCACCAAAAGUCUCAUCUUCAGCCUUAGAUGAUUCCUCGGCAUCGGGACAAACCCAGAUCUCUGUACCUGUGUUGGUCUCAGUACCAAACUCCGUCCCGCCACCAGCUGCGCCUGCUACUCCUGCUCCCACUUCUGUCCCAGCUUCAGUUCUGCAGUCUGCUGGAAUCCAGACAGCAGUCUCAAUGACAUCCGAAUGUAUAAGCCAGCCAAAAGCUGGUCCGAAAAAAGAAACACCAUCUACUUCUUCCACCUUACAGCAAGAUACCUGCACCGAGGAUGUGUUUCACGAAAAAACAGUCUCAAUGCCCAACUAUGCCUAUGACAGCCCCUUCUCUGAUGUUGCAUCAAGUAAAGAAGCAAGUGAUGGCUAUGACAGCUUGGCCAGUGGAGGAAAGGGGGAAGGAAAACACAGAAAACAUCAUCGCAAGUCAACUCGGACGCGCUCUCGGCAAGAAAAGAUGAGCAAACCCAAACUGAGCAUGCUCAAUGUUUGCAACACGGGUGACAAGAUGGUUGAAUGUCAGCUGGAGACUCACAAUCACAAAAUGGUGACGUUUAAAUUUGAUCUGGAUGGUGAUGCUCCAGAGGAAAUUGCCACAUACAUGGUGGAGAAUGGAUUUAUCCUUCCUUUAGAAAAAGAGAUCUUCAUCGACCAGUUAAAGGACAUUGUAGAUAAAGCCGAAGACAUGUUGAAUGACGACACGGCGGGGGAGAGGGUAUCGACUUUGAAUUCCAGCCCGUUACAAGGCCAGACCUCUGACGGACAAGUAGGAGAGAGUCAACAAUCUGGAGCAUCCCAGCCGGUCUACCAGCAGAAUGUUCUUCACACAGGAAAGCGAUGGUUCAUAAUCUGUCCUGUGGAGGAGACCCCCUUUUCCAGCCAGGAGCCCACAUCUGAGGGUACAACUUCGCAGUCUCCCAGCAGUUCAGCCAACACGCAUCUGCCAGGCAGGCCUUCCACAUCCCGGGCUGAGGAGGGCUCAUCCUCUACGAUGUCUGGUGGCAGUGGAGGUUUCAUCCAUGACGUGUAUGGCUUCUGUAGUCCCCCGGUUAUGUCCAACACAGACCCUCUCCUCUUGGCCAGCCUGUCUCCUCCGGUGUCUGCCCCUCCGGCUCUUCAGUCGGUACCGUCAUUGGAGCCAAUCAGCGGUGUGCAUCAAGCCCAGCCGGCCAGAGCUCAAACUUUGCCACCUUCAUCUCCACAACCCCCUUUUCAAAUGGACGAACCACAAGGAUCCCCCGCGGCCGCCACCUCCCCUAUUCACUCCACUUCACAUAUGGCGGACCUCACCUGUCCUGUUUCUGUGGCGGAGGAAAUACCCUGCUGUCCUCUGGUCAUGCCCCUGUCUCUGGAUGUAAGCAGCUCGCCGGGCGGGUCCCCGCUCACUCCUCUUCCACCCCAGGAGCCCGGUUCAGCCAAAGAGUCGCUGUCUCUCUCAUACGCCACCGCCGCCGCGCGCAAUGAGCGCUCGCAGCAGCCUGUGGUGCUUCACCAGCCUUUCUCCAGUGUGGGAGGGGCCAAAGUGUCCUCACUGCCCCAGAGCCCGGCGCCAACGCAGCACGGCGGAGGACCGGGCGAGUCAGACGGGGAAGGGCGACUGGGUCGCGGAGGCUUUGUGGACAGCACCAUCAAAACACUAGAUGAGAAACUUCGGAACUUGCUCUACCAGGAAUACGCUCCCAUGUAUCCAUCGGGAAGCACAGCGGAUACACCAGGUUCUGGUACAGAGUACAUCCAAUCUCCUCCUGGUCCAGACAGUGCCACGGGCGGGUCAGGAAACAGUACACCAGGUCCAAUGGAGGAGAGUCGCUACAGAGCAGGAGAACAACUGCCUCAAAUUCCUGAGAGAAUGGAUAGUUUGAGCACUCUGAGUGACUCGGCUGUGUGUGCAUCCCAUUCCAAAAGGCAUGUUUCUCACUCUGUCUCCUGCUCUGGGACAAGAGGCCGGUUUAAGAUAAUCUCAGUUCCUCCCGAAGUGGCCAACAAGCGUGAUGUGAAGCAGAGGAGCUGGAGCAGCGUGGCGUCGCCAGCACAUCCUGCCGGUUACAAUGUUCCCACUGAGGGAUUGACUCCCUCCACCACCAUCGGUCGCUUCUCCGUGGUCAGCACCGAGGAUGACAUCACGCAGAGGACACGUUGCAGUCGCUACUCUGCACCUCCUGACUUCUAUCUGGACACGCCUUCCUCCGUGGCUACCCAGGGCUCCUUGCCUCAUACCAUCACCUCAGCCUCCGUACCUGUUGACAUCACAGUCCACGCUCGCUUCCUCUCGUCAGACUCGGGGGCCGAGAGCAGCCCUGCCAAACUGGCCCCUGCUACCCCGAGUCAACACACUCGCUCUGAGCGCAGAGGAAGUGACCUGAUGAAGAGGGCGGUGGCCUUCCUCAGACGUUCAGGGCGCAGCAGCAGCGUGCAGAGUUCGGAUUCUCCGAGCAGGCAUGGAGGCGUGUACGGAUCGGCCUACGCCAGCAGCGAUAAUGACUCGGAGAUGGAGGACUCCGACAUGAAGAGAGAACUACAGACGCUCCGGGAGAAGCAUUUGAGGGAGAUCUCUGAGCUGCAGGCCCAUCAGAGAGGAGAAGUGGAGUUGCUCUAUCUCAGACUGGGCAAAGUCCCUCCCUCCGGCCUGAUGUACUCGCACGUUGCACCCCCUACAGGUCGCAGAAAAAGGUCCGGCAAGCACAGGCUAAAACCUGGCAAGCUCCUCAGCCCUCUGGUUCAGCAAUUUCGACAUGUCACAAAUAAAUCUGGUGACUCCAGCAGACCCACUGUCCAAGGAACAGGUGAGGCAACUGUGAGUUUGAACGGCUCUCCGGCCAAGGCGUCCGUUGCAAGGGACCCAUCCUGUCCCAGUCAAAUUCCCAGCUCCACCUCGGAACCCGUGCAGACUCAGCAGCCCUGCUCCCUCAAGGGCUCCUUGUCCUCCGAUAACAUUUAUGCUACACUAUAUGCUGGGGACGGCACGAGCACACAAGCUCCACCAGGACUAGGCUGGGCUCAUUACCCUCAACCAAGCGAGAGAGUGGCUUAUAAAUCCAGUAGCAAGCCCAGAGCUAGAUUUCUCAGUGGGCCUGUGCCUUUAUCUAUCUGGUCAACACUGAAGCGAUUGUGUCUUGGCAAAGAGCGAGGCAACAGGCCCAGUACUGGGCUAGGAGCUGUUAAUCUAUCACAGCAGCCACCCACCAUUGCCACGCCUCCUCCUCAUCAGCCAGUGUUGGGAUUGGCACAAGCGCAAGCCAAUAAUAGCAACAACAAGACGGCAACCUACGCCGGUUCAUCCAUCAACUUGCCUGAAGAUCUGCAAAGACUGAUGGAUGACUGGAAGCAGGAGGUUCUUAUUGUCACUCACAGGCCCCGCACGAACUCCUUGCGCAUUGGGGGGCCGCAACUUUUGGAUCAGAUGGUUGCCCCAAGUCAGGUGCCAAGUACAUCAGAGGUGUCAUCGUGGAUGACGCCGGGUGUGGAAAGCGGCCAUCUUCCCCCGUCAUGGCCUGACAGCGCCGGCAUGGCGAUGACCAACGUAUCCUCCACAAGGCCCGGCAGGGUUUGUCAGCUACUCUCGCCCGUCCCACGCCGGGUCUCUUCCUCUCCUCUCGCUCUUAGCCAAUCACCUGGCGUGGCCCUCGCCCUUCCUUCCGGAAUCUUUGCCUUUCCCGGCACUCCCGCAAGCCAGGAUGAUUCCAUCCAAAGUGCAACAUAUCAGCUGCCGGACCCCAAAGCAAAAACUCUUUAAUCUGAGUAGCAAUGUGUCUUCCAAGUCUUGUACCAAAAAGCAAUGUCACAGUAGUUCUAGUCCAUGACGUUCAUAUCGUGUAUAUAAUGUAUUUAAGCAGCGCCUAUGUUACCAUUGGCGCAUCCUCUGGCCUCUCAUUUGCAUACCUCAUGUUCAUAUCAUGCCAUAUUCUCAUUGACUGCAGAGCAGUGGUAGAUUGGAAGUUGGUUUCUAACUGCUGAUUCACAUCAUUGCUUGUAUAUAAAUUGUAAUGUAUUCAGAAUUGUUACAUCCAUUGGUGAGAUUUACAGAGUUGUGUUGCUCGUCACCCGACGAGCAAGCUCCCGCGUGUAAUAUAGGAGUUCCUGUUAGUUUGUACACCUCACAGCGGAUGAUGCUUAGCUUGUUGCUGCAGCUGCUCUGUGUGUGUGUGUGUGCGUGCGUGCGUGUGUGUCUCAGUGCAAUUUUUCAGCAGUGAGCAUCAACGGCUGCCACUGUGAAAACUCUGGACCAGACGAGCCGACUUGCUUACUCAGCCCAAGGUUGUGUGUUCCCAAUUCUUUUUUUUUUUUGUUCUCACCAAUGAAACAUUUCCAGCACAAGCACUUGGACUAUUACCGAGAGAUUGGAAGGAACUUUAUCUUCUGGUGAAAACCAGUUGUGAGUGUGCCUUGUAUGGUAAUUUCUGAAGAUGAGCAUUUAGGUCCGAAGCAGCCAUGAGUUAUUCUCAAUAUAUCCUUAAAUUAUGUGAUAAGAAUUAGCAAAAUGGACAGAAAAAAAAACAAUUUCGCUGAAAUGCUAUAAUGUCAUCGCAUUGCUGGUCAUAAAAUAUCACAGGUUGU